AUGAUUGUUUUGACACUGGUCGCCCACGUUCACCUGAGCCCUGCUGCAUUCGGUAACGACAGCGAGCAAUAUCUACGGAGCCCCGUCCACCGGCCCCAUGUGGUCCUGUCCCACGUCCAUCCCGGGCUGGGCUGUGUGUCCACGGCGCUGGGCAGGAGUGACGAUGCUCGGUUACAGAACAAGCAGCUCCGUUUUGGGGCACGCUCUUCCUGUCUCGGGUCACCCUUUCGCGGUGGGGGGGCAGGGGGGAACGACGCCCGCUGUGAGCGGCCAACUAAAACCGGGGUCGCCUCGGUGCACGGCGAAGGGUCUGGCCACGCCUAUGACGUCCGCCUGCAGCUGACGAAGGAGGUGCUGACAAUUCAAAAACAGGAUGUCAUCUGUGCUAGUGGCAGCGGCCCCCGCGCAAACCACAGAACUGUUACGCUUCGCAGACAGCCCGUGGGAGGCCUGGGCCUGAGCAUAAAGGGCGGCGUGGAACACGGCGUCCCUGUGGUCAUAUCGAAGAUAUUCAGGGACCUCGCAGCCGACCAGACAGGGAUGUUGUUCGUAGGGGACGCCCUGCUCCAGGUUAACGGCAUUAAUGUAGAAAGUGCAACCCACAAAGAAGUGGUGCAUCUUCUGAAAAACGCGGGCGAUGAGGUGACCAUCACUGUCGAGUAUCUCAGGGAAGCACCAUCGUUUCUGAAGCUCCCCUUAGGGUCGCCGGGACCGUCCAGCCAGCCGGGCAGUGGGGCCUCCUCGCCCUUCUUCGACAGCGGUUUGCAUCUGAACGGAUCCUCCAGCAACACAGCUCCGUCCUCGCCUUCCUCGCCCGUAGCUAAUGAACCAAAAUACGAGAAGCGCUGGCUAGACGCCCUGUCACUUCCUCUGUCCAUGGCCCGAGUCUCAAGCUGCAGAGCUGGAGCGGACACGUUCAGGUCCGGCGCGAUCCAGGUGCAGGCCCUGGAUGGGCUGAGCUCGGGGCCCCUGCAGUUUCACACGGCCCAGGAGCGUGCCGACUGGCUGAGGGCGGUGUCGGCCAACAUCAGCGAUCUGAUGCUGCAAAACGUGAAAAUGGCAAAUAAAUGCUGUUCUCCUUGUGACCAGGUCGUCCACAUGGGCUGGGUCAGCGAGCGACUGGGAGGCGCCGGCUCGUCUCGGACCUUCAGACCCAGGUUCCUGGCGCUGAAGGGCUCAUCCUUCUACGUCUUCGUCUCUCCUCCGGUGAGCCCAUUGGAUUGGGUCCAAGCAGAAAAAACCUAUCACCUCUGUGAGGUUCUGUUUAAGGUUCACAAGCUCUGGCUCCCAGGUGACCGCUGGGCGCAAGUCAGCCUCCCCCUGGGACUCCGGGAUCCCGGUGGCGGGGACCACGGGCCCUUCUGCUUCAGCAUCCUCGUGAGCCACGGCGGGGGCCACGUGUUCACUGUGGAGCUGGGCAACGAGCUGGCCGCCUGGGAGCUGUCCUUCCAGAGAGCCACCUUCCGAGCCGUGCAGAGGACAGGGUCCAAAACGUACCCAUGCAGCUGGCAAGGAGCCAGUCUGUGCUUCACGGUGGACUUUGUUCUCGGCUUCACCUGUUUCGACAGCAAGACCAAGCAUCGAGGAGGAGCGUACAUGGUGGCACUCGGCUGUAAGAUGCAGAGACCGUUCGGCUACAAGAUCCAACAUGAGAGGAAGGAGCUGGAGUUUCAGGAUCUGACGGCGGUCCUGCAUUGCAUCCACUCCUUCAUGGCUGCGAAGGUGGCCUCGGUGGACCCCGCGUUCAUGGACAGUCAGAGCAUCGCCGGAAGAUACAUGUAUAGCAGCUGAGCGGAGCU